AUGCUUAUGAUUGGUAUCGUCAAGGAGCUGUUAAAGCUUGGAUCUUCUAAGUUGCCUGCCUACUUCUUCUGUCAGGGAACUGAUCUGAAACUAAACAAUGCCACGGCUGUCCUGCGGGGAUUAAUAUACAUGCUGAUCAUCCAGCAGCCACACCUGAUCUUAUACCUGCGCCAAAAAUACAACACAGAAGGCCAAAGCCUGUUCGAAGGUCCAAAUGCUUUUUACAGCCUGUUCGCUAUUUUCGAAACUAUGAUUGAACAAGUACAACAAUAUCCUGUACACCUUCUUGUUGAUGCCCUUGAUGAGUGUCAAGUCAACUUGGAAAACCUGCUCAAAUUCAUUACGAAGACAGUAUCCAUGUCACCCGCUCGGGUCAAAUGGAUCAUCUCUAGCCGUAGCAUGGGUCACUUUGAACGGAUCUUAGACUCCUACCAUGGGGCCAAACUGCUGAAUCUUGAGCUUAACGCGGGCCACAUUUCUCACGCAAUUGAGACCUAUAUAAACCACGAAAUAGAGGGUCUCCGGAUUCUUGCCGAUGAAGAAAUCUUGAAACAUGUCAAAGACCAGUUGAACCGAAAGUCUGAUGGGACAUUCUUGUGGGUGGCUUUGGUUGUCGAAGGACUUCGCAAAUUUCUAUCAAUGGCUGUUCUCGCCUACCGCCCACUGCAUAUAUCUGAGAUGCGCCACUUGACUGGCAGGCACAAGGAAAAAGAUGUGGAGAGAGCGGUUGGUUUGUGCGGGUCAUUCCUCACAGUCCGAAAUGGAUAUAUCUAUCUGAUUCACCAGUCAGCUAAGGACUUUCUCGACAGCGAGUAUACGACUAGCAUCCUGCCAAAACACUCAGAAAUUCACCACCAAAUGUAUAGCCAGUCCAGGGAAGCUCUUUCAAAUAAACUCAAACGCGAUAUUUACUAUCUCAAUAAUCCUGGACUUUUAGUUCCUGAAAUAGCGGCUCACCGACCAGAUCCUGACCCGCUCUUCGACCUUCGAUACAGUUGCACAUACUGGUUGGACCAUUUCCUCAAGUUAAGGCCCCUGGGAUUGCCCGAAGCAUUGGAUUGCCAGGUAUCCGGCUUCUUUGAGCGACAUCUCCUCCACUGGUUGGAGAGUCUUGGCCUUACUGGAGAGCUCCGGCACGGAAUCAUAAGUCUUAAGAAGCUUUCAGCUUGUCAGAGCGAGAAUCAGGCUAUAUUUAAAGAGGCUGAGAGAUUUGCAACUGCCAAUGCUGUGAUAAUUCAAGAAACACCUCUCCAGAUAUACAGUGCCGCGCUUAUCUUCUGUCCCCAAGAAAGCUUAGGUAAAAGAAUCUACUGGAACCAGCGGUCUGAUUUUAUAGAAAAGGCAUAUAUAAUGCAGGAGUCCUGGGAUCCAUGUAUACAGACACUUGAGGGCCACAAACACUCGGUCAACUCCGUGGUUUUCUCGCCUGACGGGCAGAUAGUUGCAUCUGCUUCUGAUGACGGAACUAUCCGGCUCUGGGAUGCGGCUACUGGUGCUGAGAAGUACACACUUGAGGGCCACAGAGAUUGGGUUAAUUCAGUGGCCUUCUCACCUGACGGACAGGUUGUCGCGUCUGCUUCUGAUGACCGGACUACCCGGCUCUGGGAUGCGGCCACCGGUGCUGAGAAGCACAUACUUAAAGGUCAUAAAGACUGGGUCAAUGCAGUGGCCUUUUCACCUGACGGGCAGAGAGUUGCAUCCGCUUCUGAUGACUGGACCAUUCGGCUCUGGGACGUGGCUACCAGUGCUGAGAAGCACAUACUUGAAGGUCAUAAAGACUGGGUCAAUGCAGUGGCCUUUUCACCUGACGGCCAAAUAGUUGCAUCUGCUUCUAAUGACUGGACCGUCCGGCUUUGGGACACGGCCACUGGUGCUGAGAAGCAGACGCUUGAGGGCCACAAAGGCAACGUCAAGGCAGUGGCCUUCUCACCUGACGGGCAGAUAGUCGCAUCUGCGUCUAAUGACAAGACCAUCCGGCUCUGGGACGCGACCACCGGCGCUGGAAAGCAAAUACAUUACCUGAACGUUAUACCAAAAGCCAUGUGGUUCUCAGCUGAUGGAUGUUGUCUGAACUCUGAUCGUGGUUUGCUUCUCUUGGGUGUUCAAGCCUCUUACUUCCCAAACAAGUCAAUAUUCGUGCAUGAGAAAUGGAUAGAGAGAAAUGGACAGCGCUUGGUUUGGCUUCCACCACGGUACCGGGCAUCAUGUACAGGUAUAGUCGAAGCUUUCUUUUUCACCAAAAUCAAAAUACUCGCCAUUCCAGUUACUAACCAGAUUCAGCUUAAUAUGCUUAUUUGGCUACGGGUGUGGAAGUGUUAUUAUACACAGGAAGCAGCGGAAGACGACAUCUUCAGCAACGAGAUACCAGCAUAA